GCAUUUCAAGGUCGUUGCAACAAUUUCUCAGCCGGAUUCGAUUCGCUUCCUCCCAACAUGUCCACCAUUUUACUCGUAUAUAAAUACUAGCAGAACUUUUCAACUGCACUACGCGCAUUCGUUUUGGCUUAUUUAUUUCGUUUCAUCGGUAAACGUAAAACCUCUUGCUAUCUCACUCUGUUCCAAUUACGAGCGUCUUUGUUCGUGGUGAUAUGGCGAUCCGAAGAGCGAUGUCAGGGCGACUCACGGCGCGGACGGAGGUCCUUGGAGUGAGAUCCAUGUCGUCGUGGUGGCGUGGCAUGGAGCCUGCUCCGAAGGAUCCGAUUCUUGGUGUUACGGAAGCCUUUUUGGCCGAUCCCAAUCCCGAGAAAGUCAAUGUUGGAGUCGGUGCUUACCGUGAUGAUAAUGGAAAGCCGGUCGUGUUGGAAUGUGUUAGGGAAGCCGAGCGAAGGAUUGCUGGAAAUUUGAAAAUGGAAUAUCUUCCUAUGGGAGGAAGUGUGAAGGUGGUGGAAGAAACACUAAAGUUGGCCUAUGGAGAGAAUUCUGAGUUGAUAAAAGACAGAAGGAUAGCAGCAGUCCAAGCUCUGUCUGGGACUGGUGCAUGCCGACUUUUUGCAGACUUCCAAAAGCGUUUUCGUCCUGAUUCCCAAAUCUAUAUACCAGUCCCAACUUGGGCCAACCACCACAACAUCUGGAGAGAUGCUCAGGUCCCACAGAAAACUUACCAUUAUUAUCACCCUGAAUCUAGGGGUUUAGAUUUUGCAACAAUGAUGGAUGACAUCAAGAAUGCUCCAAAUGGUUCAUUCUUUCUACUUCAUGCUUGUGCUCAUAACCCCACUGGUGUGGAUCCUUCAGAGGAGCAGUGGAGAGAAAUCUCACACCAGUUCAAGGUGAAAGGUCAUUUUGCCUUCUUUGACAUGGCGUAUCAAGGUUUCGCUAGUGGUGAUCCAGAGAAAGAUGCAAAGUCCAUCAGGAUUUUUCUUGAGGAUGGUCACUAUAUUGGAAUUGCCCAAUCGUAUGCAAAGAAUAUGGGGCUCUAUGGCCAGAGGGUAGGAUGCCUUAGUGUGCUUUGCGAAGAUGAAAAACAAGCAGUAGCUGUGAAAAGUCAAUUGCAGCAGCUUGCAAGACCCAUGUACAGCAACCCACCUCUUCAUGGUGCACUCAUAGUUUCAACCAUUCUCGGUGAUCCAGACUUGAAGAAACUAUGGCUCAAAGAAGUUAAGGUCAUGGCAGAUCGCAUAAUUGGAAUGCGAACAGCUUUACAAGGGAACCUUGAAAAGCUAGGGUCUCCAUUAUCAUGGACGCACAUCACUAAUCAGAUAGGGAUGUUUUGCUAUAGUGGGUUGACACCGGAACAGGUGGAUCGCUUGACAAGUGAAUUUCACAUCUAUAUGACUCGCAAUGGUAGAAUCAGUAUGGCUGGCGUUACAACGGGCAAUGUUGAAUAUUUGGCUAGUGCGAUUCAUGAAGUCACAAAAUCCGCAUAGAACUGCUAAACAAGUAAUGAAUCUCUCUCAUAUAUAUAUAUAGCUUUCAGCUCAUCUGUGACAAACAGAUUUAUGUCCUCAUUGGAAGGACGAGUGAGCGAGCAUCACGCUUGCCGUACUUAGGAGUAUUCUGCAGCAUCAUUUCUCCAUUGAACUGUUAUUAGAAUAGAAAGAGGUAAAACAUUUGAUCUCAAAUCUGAUUGUCAAAAAAGGGCAACGACAAUCGGUGGCGCUAUUUAAUUUGCUUUGUUCUUGUUAGAAAUAAAACGGUGCACCAAGUAUUAUUGAAAGCUUAGUUACAACGCUGGAUAAUUACACAGUAACGAAUUCGUGGCAGCUAAAGUUGAUGCCAAAGGA